AUGACGGAGGAGUGUGAGCUGCUGAAGGAGAGGCUCCAGGCCAUCACGGAGAAGCAUCGAAUUCAAGAGAGCAUCAGACAGAAGAAGCUGGAGCUGGACCAGGAGAAGCUGGAGCUGCAGCGCCUGAAGACAAAAGUUCUAAAAGAGCAGUGGCUGCUGCAGGACUCUGCUUCCCACAAUGCACCUAACUCCACGCAGGCCCACAGCGUGCUGUGUGACCAGCAGCAGACCAGAGCGCUGCAGCUCAGCAUCCACAGGAUAGAAAUGGAGCUGGAUUACCUGGAGAGAGAGGAGUCUAUGAUCUCUGUCAACGAGAGCUUCAUCCUCAACAGGCUGAGAACUGUGGAGAAAAGUCCAGAAGACAUCAUCAAGGAGGCGCAGGACAGCUUUGUUCCCGCUCUGUUUGCCAUGGAGAUCAAUGUGGCGAAGAACAUGGUGACGGGAGAGAGCCAAGUCCUUUCUACUGCAGACGUGGCUCCAGAGGAGAUCGGGCAGCGCGUCGGCCUCAAGGUCUAUGAAGACGAGACCAAGUGUAUUUAUGCUUUCAGUCCUCAGGAGGGCUCCGCUGAUUGGAGCAGUGCUCAGGAGCUGUCGGCCAAUGAGGUGGAACACCUGCUGAGAAGCGCCUCAGAGCAUCGCCAGCUCAGUCAGAGCCGCCGGAGAAGCCUCGGCGGAGACGAGCUCCGCUUUAACCGCCAGCGAGACGGAGGCGGGGCCCACCGGCCCAGAAACCAGGGGCCGCAUUUCAGGAGCGACAUGGCGGAGAGGGAGUUCAGCGCCAGGGAAACGAGCCAGGGUCAGCACGCCGUCAGGAGCAGGCCCCCGGACUUCCCCCCUCCCCGCCCGCAUGGACAGGAAGUGGUGACGGUCAGUCAGCCUCAGCUGUGCUACACGCCGGCGCAGCACAUCCCCCUCGCCGACUACGUCAGUGUGGACGAGGAGCAGCUAGGCUCCGCCCACUGCGACCGGGCACGCUCGCCCCUCUACGGGGACGACGCCCCCUACACCAUCCUGAACGCCGUGGACACCACCGAGCCCAUCACCGCCAUCUUCAUGGGCUUCCAGAUGGCGGUGGACGACAGCGGGCAGGCGCCGGGACACGACGGCGCCCUCAGAGCUGAGCUGGUCGUCAUCGGAGACGAGCAGGAGACCCGCGAGGGCGCCGGCGUGCGGGAGAAGAAGAACCACGCCAGCCUCCGACGGCCGGCUCAGCCAAUGGGACGGCAGCGGGAGGGCGUGGAGGCAGCAGCACGGAGGAGCAGGUAUCAGAAAGAUCCAGAAAAAACCCAAACCGUGCUGCAGUGUGUGCUGAACGGACCGACUGACACGCCGCGCCACGACCGACCAGGACUAACCAGGGCUAACCAGGACUAA